AAACUUCUGCUUUGUAAACAAAUGUGCACAUCUAAAAUGCAAUUCCAUUUGCAAAUAUGUGCACUUGUUGCACUUGGUGUAACUGGCAUAACUUCAUCAGCAUCUUUACCGAGCAUUUUCAAAAAAUGCAAGCUGGAAGACGAAUCCUGUCUGAAAUCCAGUGCAGAAUAUGCGAUAGCGAAUUUAGGGAACGGUUUAAAGGAGUUGGGUAUUGAUAGUAUUGAUCCCCUGCACGUAGGCACAACAGAGAUACUGCCCAAACCCGGACCUAUGAACAUUUAUCAACGAUAUGAAGAUAACAAGGUGGGACAUUUACCCAAAUUGAAUGUGAAGCAGUUUAGAGUCAAUUUGGAUAAAUGUGAAAUGUCCUUGGAAACGUUCCAUCCCGAGCUACGUCUAUAUGGCAAUUACACUUUAAAAGGGAAUCUCUUGGGUGAAGAAAUCGACGCUCGAGGAGAAGGAAACGGAAUCGUAGGAAACGUAGGGCUGACCGUUACCAUGAUCUGCGAAAAAUAUACAAAGGACAAUGAAGAGUAUAUGAGAGUGACCGAUGUUAAAACUUCAAUUGUCUGGGGCCAGCCCGUUUUAAUUCAGUUGGGUGAGAUUGUAAAAGGCAACGAUGAAUACAAUAAAAAGGUCGAUAAUUUUUUGAACGAGAACUCCAAAACGUUUAUCGAGACGUUCACUGACGAACUUCAAGACAAUAUAUCCAAUAGCGUUAAAGAUAUAUCGAACAAAGUUUUUUCCAAAUAUUCGAUAAAAGAAAUAUUUGAUAUUAACUGAAUAAAUUAUUUUGAUAGAUA